AUGCAGGCGGCGCCCAUGCGUGAUGAUGACGACAACUCGGAGGGCAGCGAGCAGAAGACACGGGAUGAAGGCGAAAAGAGCUGCUCGGAAGACUGCCGAGUGGAAGCCGGCGGCAAGGGCAAAUCGAAGACGAAGACCAAGUCGAAGCCAACGAAACCAGCGAAGGUGAAGAAGUCGAAGGAGACGAAAACGAAAGAGAAGAAAUCAAAGAUCAAGGCGAAGAAAACUAAAAGCCCGAUGCAAUCGAAGGAGAAGAACAAGAAGUCGGGCAAGGACACGAAGAAGACGGCCGGAUCGAAGGAGAAGAAAGCGGGUGGCUCAAAAGAGAAGAAGGCGGGCGGCGGCGCGUCGAAGGAGAGGAAGGCGUCCAAGGAGGGCAAGCACAAAGUUGAAGUCGAGAAGAAAUCGCCCGGAAACGAUGAGCCAAAAGCCGACGACAAACCGAAGGAGGAGAAGCCGAAAACGGACGAUGAAAAGGAUACAAGCAAGUCCAAGUCGGACCAGAAGUCCGACCGGUCGGACGAGUCGGUGAAAACGGAGCGACAACCCAAGAAGUCCAUCAUGCAGAAGCUCGUCGGCGUCUUCAAGAAGAAGCCGGCCGCCGGGAAAUUAGCGGAUGUUGACUGGGAUCAGCCGGACCCGUCGCCCGGCACGCUCAACCCACAAGACAAAGCCCCGGAAACCGAUGGAGCCAAAAGCCCGGAGACGCAGCCCGCCCCCGAUGGUGCCGCCCCGCCAGCUGCUGCAGCUCCCGAGAAGUCUGAGAAU